CGGCAAUCUUCAACUGCAUGGCAACCGUGACAUGACAUUUGUUAUUUUCACGGUGUUUCGAAAAAUUCGCGUUUUAUUUUCUCAGUUGCGGGGACAAAUUCUUGCUACCUAUAAUUAUCUAUUUUUUAUCGAUAUCGAGUAAGAAUGCAUUGGUUCCGUACGUAAAUACUGGUAGGGCGAAUACACCUUUUUGGGAUCAUUGUCAAAUCAUGGAAGACGACAAUAGAAGAGAAGAAAUUCAUGAAGUAACGGGAGGCAUAGAAGAGGACGGGGCCGCAGGGCAAGACAGAGGUUCUGAUAAUCAGUACCAAGAACUACCGAGGCCCCCCUCCAGCCGUAAACGCACGCGAGAUGAAACAGAGUCCGGCCAACACGACAGACGGCCAUCCCGCACGCGAUCAAGGUCGAGAUCAAGAUCGCAUAAGCCUUCGCGGAGGAAGCAAUGGAGAAGCGCGAAUGCUUUCCUGAACUUUAUGCAAGACUUUAGGCAGGAUUAUAACAAGGUGAAGAGUAGAGAUCUGUUUCGCCUCGGGGGACAAACGUGGCGAAAAAUGUCAUCCGCGGAGAAGAUGCCCUAUGUAGAAGCGGCCAAGUUAGCGCAGCAACAAUCGCAGCAGAAUAAUAAAAACACACAGCAGAACAAGGCUAAUAGCAGCGACUCGUCGAAGAAGCUCGACAAUCAAAGGGAUCAGAAAAAGAAAGAACGAGAAGAAAGAAAAGAAAGAAGGCGUUCCAGAAGCAGGAGGGACGAUUCCGAUGCGGAAUCAGAUUCCGCAACGUCGGGAACAGUCGCGACUAUGACCAGCGAGGACGCUUCGGAUCUAAGUUCUUAAGCGUCUCAAUUUAUUAAUUAAACUGUCAAGAAAUGUCAAGAAAUGUGCACGAAACAAUUUAUUUCGAUUACGUGUCCUGAUACUAGUCCUUGGUUGUAUCAUUUUGAAAUUUAAAUAAAGUAUAAAACCUCACUAAAAAAAAAAAAAA